GUCAGAGUGUUACGACGAUACCAACUGUAGGAUUCAACGUGGAGACAGUCACGUACAAGAACGUCAAGUUUAAUGUCUGGGACGUCGGUGGUCAGGACAAGAUUAGACCUCUUUGGAGACAUUACUUUGCGGGUACACAGGGUCUCAUAUUUGUAGUGGACUGCGCUGACAGAGACAGAAUCGAGGAAGCAAGACACGAACUGCAUCGAAUAAUUAACGACAGAGAAAUGAGGGAGGCAGUAAUUCUCAUAUUUGCGAACAAGCAAGAUCUUCAAGACGCCAUGAGGCCUGCUGAAAUCCAAGAAAAGCUUGGUUUGUCAAAGAUCGCCGACAGAAAAUGGUUUGUCCAGCCCUCAUGCUCGACUACAGGCGAUGGGCUUUACGAAGGACUUAACUGGCUGACUGCCAACGCUAAGGGCUAAUCUUGAAAAUCUUUGUUAACUUAGAGCUCACGGACUGAUAAAGAGGCUGCACUGCAGAUUUUAGUUUUUUAACGUUAAAAUCUCUUUCGUUUCGGUACAAGUCAAUGCAAUGACUAUUUUAACUAGGUUAAUAGACACAAAGCAUUACUACGAUGUGAGUGAUUAAAUACUGCACGCUAAAAUGGUUUGGGAAGAUAUAUUAAUGUAUCCUAAAUCCAUUACCUUCCAUUUUAUUGAGGACCCAACGGCCUUUUCUUUACGCUGGAAUUCUUGUUCCGGUGCCGUUUCUCGUAAAGAACCAAUUCGCAGUUGGUUGAGUGGUUUUUGUAUUUUUACUGAAAUUGCAAACUUGAUAGAUAAAAAUGAAUUGCAUACUUAACUUUCUUUUUAUAUACAAAUGUUUUGUAGACAUUUUUUUCGAGAAAACCUGCAAAACAUUUCAAGCGUUGAUUUCAUCUGAUCUCCUCAGAUGCUAUUAGAGAUUUUAUGAAAACUUUACCGUGCUCAUGCUUCUUGCUUCAUAUAUGAUUUUGUCAGUUUAAAUUGGCCCCUAAAGUUCGUGUGACAGCCACCUGGCAGUCGAUUGGUCAAUUCUGUAAUUAAUUAAUUAAUCAAUUACUGUCUCGUGUCAAAUCAAGGUGCCUCGUCUCCUUAGAACACUGGCAAUCCAGGGGCAAAUUUAAAUUGACAACAUUAUAUUCUGAACUGCUUAUUCGGACUCUAUAACACGAUGCUUACUUUUGCCGAGUGAUUUUUUGAAUUGAGAUUUAAUGAUAUGAUACACUACUAUUGUACAAUUUGACGGUGAAAUUUUAAAAUUCUGUCCGGGAUAUAGAAGCUUUACAUGUGAUGAAAUUUUUGAUUUGAAUUAUUUUAUAAAACAAACCGUGGUUGUCUGUGGUUAUUGGUAUGUAUGAGACACAGCAACACUCAGCGAAUAUUUCAAGCUUUCAACUGGAGAGCACCCCCAGCAUUCCAUAUCAGCUGCCACGUGGUCUACAUUCAACUGUGCGUUCACGAUACGUAGUAAAUAUGGAGUAUUAGGCGUUGUUGACUGUUGAGUAGCCCGAACUGAGCGAAUAGUAGGCUCUGAUUUAAGUCACGUGACUUCUAUCCUGCUGUUUGAUUGGCUUAUUUGAGCUUGCUUUAAAUUAUACCCACUACUGUUUGAAACCGCUAUUUGAAUAUGCACACAAAUGUGGUUACGGAUGAAAUAUCGCUGAAUGUGCUACCUGAUGAGGACUACAAACACUGUUGGAAAUGUUCGAGCCUCUAGAGUGGUGUAUAUUGUCUGAAUGUGAAUUUGUGUGUGGCCAAUUUAUUGCGAUCGUGUGAUAGUAUGUAGUGUACUGCUCAAAGGAGCUGUUUGACUCGUUCUUGGUAAAUACAACGAUGUUUCAGAGCACUUUUUAACAUUUUUCCUAGCCACAUUUAUUCACUUUUGGGGUAAAUUUAAUUUAGGAAUUUUGUAAUGAUUAUAAUAAAUAUGUUUUUACUGCAGUUCUGCACAUCUCUGUCAAUAGGCCACAAUAAAUAUUGAAAA